UAAGAAACCGGGGGUAAAGUUUUGGAGAUCGAUGCGAUGGCAAAGAAUGAGUGGAUGCUCAAAUAAAUAUUUAUGGUUUCUAGAAUACUAGUUUCGGUGAUUCUAGUUUCUAGAACUUCUGGGACUGAAUUAUGGAGACUUUUGCAUCCAAGGCAUAAUUUCAAUCGUCAGUAAAUUCAAGGUGGCCUUAGUUCUGUUCUAAAAUAUGGCACCUUUCAUUCAGUCAUUCCAUUGUUGGAAAAAAACGAUAUUCAUCUGAUAUUCAUUUAUGUUCUUUAAUUUUGGUAAAUUAUUUACCCAAACUGUCAGCAUCAGAACAAUCGAAAGAAACAACUGGUGGCGUGUGUGGUUUUAAAAAUGCUUUUGAUGAUAAGAAUGAAUUCGUUUAUACAUGCAAAUGCCAUAUAAAAUCAAUUUACCUGUUGCAGAAAUAUCCUAGUUAUGAGUAUUGACCAGGACUCGAUUAGCAGCCAGUAUGAAUAAUUUAUUAAGAAUAGUCAAUGUUUAUUCUUUGCUAUCAUUUUAUGGCAACGUGCAAGGGACUUCUAUUUUGACUGCUAAGAAACUCGUGAUGUGUUUCAUCGUUUUGCACUCAUUCUUUGUGAAAAUCCCACUACAAAUACGGUGCUGAUGUAUGUAUACUUGCGAUUUUUCAAAAUACCAAAUGACAGCAGAAGAAGCAAACACUUGCAUAGAAUAAACACGGCGAUGUAAUUAGAUGAAGAGGCAAGAACAGUGUCGUAUUGGGGUCUGAACAUGCCGUUUGAAAAUGGAAAGAAGGCUUUGCUUUCUUUAGUAGUCUACACGACGAUGUGCUUCGCUGCAGCGGGAAUUCUAAUGAUCAUUGAAUAUGAAGGAACAAAUGAAUAUACUCAAUAUCCGAAGCAAGAUGCUGUCCUGCAAGUCGCAGGGAUAAUGAACGACACGCUUGGAAUCGGUGUUAAUGCAUCAACUGCGCUCACAAUGAUAAAACAGGUCACGGCAAUAAUUGAGCAAAGAAGAAUGUUUCAGACAAAUGCAUGGAAAAGAGAAAUGAGCACAAGAACAUUUUUAAAAUGGCGAUAUUUUGUGGGAGUUACUUUAUCAACAGUUGGAUAUGGGGACAUCUAUCCAACUACAAGUUGGGGAAAAGCAUUCGUGGUUGCCUUCUCUUUGAUUGGAAUUCCAGUGUGCAUGUUUACAUUGGCAACGAUGGGAAGUUUGUUCUGUGAGAUUUUUGUGAAAUUUAAAGCCUGGAUUAAGAGCAAGAUUUAUUCACAGAGAAAUAUUCAGCGAGGUCCAACUGUAUACUGCGUAAUCCAGUGUGGUGCAUUCACAUUGCUGUUUGUGAUAACCUGUGGAAUGGGAAUCGCAACUUUGGAAGAUUGGAAGUAUUCUGAUGGAAUCUACUGGGCAUUCAUAACAUUUACGACAAUAGGAUUUGGUGAUUUUACUCCAAAAUCUGCAUCAAAAUGGUACAGUGAAUGCUUGAAUCUGCUAGCAAUAUUCGGUCUAGCCUUCGUAGCAAUGACAUUUGACAUCGCGCUGAGAGUGGCAAAUGAAAACAUCGCAAAACAAAGCAGUGCACAUAGCAAAAGGAAACAUGACGCCAAUGAAUUAAAGUCGAAACAGCCUCCAUUUGAGAAUAGGGUACAAACUGAAAUCUGAUGAAAGGUGUGAAGCCCCGUUAAAUCAAAACGCUCUCAACAUUUCACUGAACAUCGCUCAACAUUUGUAGAGUGCAAAUGUUGAGAGCGUUUUGACAUCCUGUUCGGUGAUGUUGAGUGGUAUUGAGCGGUGUUCAACGACGUUGAGUGGAGUUUGCACAGAUUCAAAAAUGUUCAGCGGGUCGAUUCAACAUUUCUGUUGUUAAAAGUGUUGUAGAGAGAUGUUGAGAGCAUUUUAACAACCCAUACAACAAUGUUCAGUCGGCGCAAGUGCACUAGACUUGGAUUUUGCGCGCCAACGAAAGGCUUCAACGCGUCAAGAUCUCAGAGCAGACCAAGAGGUUGAGAGAGGUUGAAUUUUAUAAAUCGUAAUGGCAAACCAUGACGAACGCUUGGAAACAGUUGGCAGUGAAAGCAAAUCGGAUAAGAUAGCAAUUCAAAGCAAGUUGCAAGACCAAAAUCCUGAUCCUAGGAAAUCAUCAGGCAGCUACUGAUAAGCCGAAAGAGUAUCUGAAGUUCAUCUUCAAAACUUGCCUUGCAUCUCUGAGAGUCUGAAGUUCACCGCUCAACAAAUGUUGAGUCGAAUUGUUGAGAGCGUUUUAACACCCCAAUUCAACAUCACUAAACAUCACUAAACAUCACUAAACACCAUUAAACAUCACUAAACAUCACUGUACAAUGUUGAGCGAUGUUCAGUGAAAUGUUGAGAACAUUUUAACGGGGCUUUACGAAUGCAGAUACCCAAGCUUUCCUUCUUGUUAAUUUCAUGUCUCGUUUUGAUGUAUUUUCAGUACGAGGUCCUAAGCAUAAGGUUACAGAGUAUGUUUUGCAUAGCAGUUGGAAUAAGAAAACAAAAACUGAAGAGGGACGGAAAAGAGAGAGCUUCUGCAGCUAGAUCAAAAAAGAGGGAGCUACCAAUCCACGCUUCCCCGUCUUUUAGAGCGAAGCUGGGGUUCAAGACGACAAGCAUGACCCAUAGGUACUUCUUUAAUGCGUUAUGUAGUUCUUGUUUCCAUGGUCGAAAAACAUUCAUACUUAUUAAUAACUGUUUCUUCUUUUGAAAUUGCAGACAAAAUUUGAUCGGCCUUUGCUUUGUAAAGUAGCGGCAAAGGCUUUCGUUAUAACGCCUUUAUUGUGUUAUAAGAUAAACAUUUUCAUUUGGCUGUAGCUAAUAAAAGUUGUAUAUGUUGAGUUGUAUGAAAGUAUCACAAAAAUGAUGCAAUUACUAAAUUCUUGCAAAGUUCUUUUGUUUUGCAAGCAGUCUACAUCUGAAAAUUAAUAAAUACGUAGAGACAAUUUCGUUAUCGCUUAGCUAAUGAGAUUUAGCAAGAUUUCAAAGAUAUGAUCAAAGAUAUGCUUGAAGUUAUAACUUAGAGCAUCCAAGUUCAAAACAAACUAGAAUUUUCAGAAGGUUCAAUUGGUGAUCUUAUGUUUUCAAUGAAAAAAUUGUAAGAUCUUUUCAAUGUAAGAUCUUGAACAUCUGUCUCAAAAAGCAAUAAACAAUACUAAGUCUGCUCGGCGAUAUAAUAAAUAACUAGCUUGCUUAACAUGCAACACGUUUUACAAGUUUAUAGAUAUAAGAACAAUGGAAUUUCUCUCAUACUUUUAGUCUUUCUCUCGUAAUCUGUCUUGUGUUACCGCAGUUGUGUUUUCAAUGAUAAAAACACUACGUUCCUUUUCUUUCCGUUACACUUUUUUCUAGGUUCUAGCCAGAGUUGUACGGGGGAGUAAUGAACAUUUUUCCACAAAGUGCGGAAAAAAUCUUUGCAAAAAUCUGAUGUGACUCAAUAUUGCUUUGAUAUCUGAAGGCUAUCUACAAACUUGGGAGGCGAGCUUUAUGCAAAAUAUAGACUUGCAAUAUUGUAGACUUGCAAUAGGUUGUCAAAUAUCGUAACCAACAAUUGAGCUAGUACCAUUAUAAAUGAUAUUGGUCAGAAAUCGUACAUGAUUCUAACAAAGGUAUAGUGAUAUCUCUUUAAUAUUACGAUCGGUCAAUUAUUUCACGUCAUAAAAUUGUUUCUCGAUUGUCUAGCUAUUAAUUGCUAUUUGGAUUUGUUCCUCAGUAUCAUGAUAACUCAUUUGUGCACCAUUUUACUAACAGUACCAUUUUACAAACCAAUGCUAUAAGCAAUAUCUACAAAUAUUUAUACAUUAGAAAACGGAAGAAAGAUACUUGUCUAUAAAAUUGACAACAUCACAUCGGUCAAUCUUUUCUAAAGCAAGUUUUAGUUGACCAACUGUUACACCUUGUCCAGCAAUAAUAUCCAAUAAACUCAUCGUUGGUUCCUUUGUGCGUAGUAGACUUCUAAGUUCAGGUUCAUCUUUAAUUCGAAAAACGCCAGCUAGAUCUUUCCAGUUCGAAAGACCUUUAAGGUACACAUCCAGUCGCCUGCCAAUUUCGUGCCUCAGAUCAAUAGUAAAACACUCAAGAAUUGGUUCGUCUAUAAAAGUUUAAAGAAAUUAAUAAGGCUUUAAGGAAAGACACAAACACACCUCAGGGAGAGGAAAGUACCAGGAAAAUAAACAGACCCCUGAAAAACACCACAAGUAACUUCGAGUAUGCUGGUAUUACAUGCAUCAAAAGAAAAUAAUUUUAUUAUUUUGAAAAAAAUAAUAUAAAAAACUUAAGUGCACCAGCUUAGAAAAAAGAAUUUCGCGAACGAACCUAUUCAAUAAUAAACACCAGUAGCUCAAUACUUACCAUCAAUCUGUUUUUCAGUUUCCUUGAUUUGUGAUUGUCUGUUCGAUGCCUCAUUUAAACCGGGUAUAGACGUAUCUAUAAAUAAAGACUUCUAUAAUCAGUUAAAUUGAAAAACGCUUAGAAUUGAAAGACUUCUUCCUACAAUUAAUACAUACUCUUUGCUUAAUGGCCAAUACCGUUGUACAACAUCAAUUUAUUAGAUUUCGACACAGAGAUAGGAUACUCUUAUCACUAUUGAUUUCGACCAUGACUUGAAAUAAUCAGGAACGAUGGGCGACACCACUCCAAUUAUUUUUGUUGCUUAUUAUUGUAAUACUUGUGUCUUUAUGUUAAGUGUAAGUCUUAGGGUUGUUAUGCACUUCCAUGCUCCCUAGGCUUUUGUUUUUUAAUUGAUUGUCGUUCUAAAUUUUAUGAGAAUAUAUAUAAAAAAAAAUAAUCAGUGAAGCCUGUCUUUGUUACGGUAAUCUAAGAUGUCUCUUACUUUGCAUUCAUAACUUUCAUCUAAACUUCCAUUCGGUCAACAAGUUAGAUUAUAAAUUGAUAACCCUUAUGAGGCUGGUAAAAUUUGGUUCAAGGCAGGAAAUGCAAUGAUAAAACAUCUUAGAACUGAAAGUCUUAAAUAUGUCAGAGAAGGUACUUGAACAUAAGAACUGAAAGUUUUAAAUAGGGCGAAGAAAGUUCUUGAAUAUUUCUUUUUUUUAUACACAGUCUAAAAAAGAACAUUUUACAAGAACAAGAUUACAAAGACGAUGCCAAUGGGAGCAUGAUAGACAUGGUUACCCAUUGACCUUAACAAAAAACAAUACAGAAGCACCAAAGGCUAUACCAAAAUCCUGUUUAGUAUGUACUUGAAUAUGAAACAACAUGAAAAAGCAAUUAGCAUAAUGAAUAAAAACAAAGACGAUAAACAAGAGUGUGAAAAUUGAAAUCUCAAGAUCGCUGUAUUCAAACUAUGCUGAUCUAAAAACUCAGUGCACAAGAAAAAAACUGACCCUCGGAAGUUCGUCCUUGAUCAUCAUAUUCUUGUUUCUCAGUUCUUUGAAACGACAUUGUCGUACUUGACUCUUGAAAUUCUAUAAAUCAAGCCAAAUACCAUUAACGAAUUUGUGUUUGAAAUAAUCCAGGCCUUGUCGAAGAAAAGAGAAUCCAUUUCCAAUAUCAACAUAUAAAACGUUUACGAGAAUAAUACAGAUGUCACCGUCAAGGAUUCUCACAAGUAAGCGAAAACCAGCGGAUAGGAGCCAGGUGAUUUUGUUUUCAUAAAUGCUGCCCAGGCUAUUUAUAAUGAGAGAGUAUGUAUUUGCGACUCCUCAAAAGAAAUUUAAAAGCUAUGUUAAAUAGAAAAACGUUUAGAGAAGAGAGAUGCUAUCAAGGGACAGCUGUUUUGACCUAGUGUAAAUAAGUUGUUUUCAAUGUAUUCAGCUGUUAUACCCGAAAUGCUCUCAUCAAUAGAAAUUUAGUUGAUAACCCAGUAGCAGCGCCACGGGGGGACUGGGGGGCAUAUUCCCUUUAGUUCUUGGCAGGACCAAUUUUGUAGUUCGUCUAAAUUCGACGAGAAAAGGUUAAUGGAGGGGUAAAAUUUUGGGAAUGUAUUUCCUAUUGUAAUCCUAUGGUUUGAAACUGCCUUUCGUAGCCAAAAUUUGGUCAUGGGCUUUCCUUAUUGGCAAAAUUGGCGUUCCUUGUUCGUUAAGGGGCCUUUUCUUACAGUUAAAAGGCAUGGCCUAAAAAUUGUUGUCCCCCCCCCUCCUCAGAGCCUAGUGGCUGGCGCCGCCCCUAUGAUAAACAUUAAAUUGAAUAACCAGAUAAACUAGCAGGCUUGCUUCAAGGCUAUAUUGAAGUAAAGGUUUAUAAACGUUCUAGUAGAAAGUAAUUACAGGGGAUUUUAAGAUUUGAAAAAAAAUUAGAACUCCAAGGAAUAUUUGGAAAUAAUUCAUUCAGAUAAAUUUUAUACACUACCUCACUCACUGCAAUCAAGGAUUUAACUGUUCAUAAGGUUCUCACAGGAAUUUGUUAGGAGAAUUGUGGAAAAAUUUUCUAUGUUAAACAGUUGUAGUUAACUUCUCCCAUUGUGCAAACAAUUUGUCUUAUCAGUCCAAAAUAGAACUGUUCGGUUUUGAACAGAAACUUUGGGCAUGAACAUUUACGACAAAUGAACUAAAAGACGGACCUUUUGAAGUGAAUUUUUGCGUAUUAAAAUCGGCUGUAAUCUCAUAAUAAUAAAGAGCCACAUUAAGUUACAAUCUAGGCGAUCGGUGAAAUUCACAGAAUUGGAGAACAUAGAGCAGGAUCUCAAAAACGUUUUGUACUCGAAUGGAUAGCGAGAGAAUUCAAGAGGAUUGGUUGAGUGUAUUCCUCGAAACUGUACAAAUUCAUCGUUGAAAUAACUUUUCGAAGUUAGAAGAUUGAUUUUGUAACACAAUGGAAGAUUACUAUAACUUAUCUUCAAGAAUAGAAAUCAAUUUCUGGAAAAUUUAUGUUCUUUUAUACUGACUAUUAAAAUUGUAGAAGAGCUAAAUCACGUACCAACUGGCCGAUAGGUGCUGACUGUUGGUGGCAUGUAUUGAAUUCGGGAGUGAAAGCCAUUGAGUACAUCAUGCUGUAAUUCAGCAGAACCUGAAAAAUAAAUGAUUGACAUCAAAGUUAUAAAUUAAAGGCAAUGCUGUUCAAGAACCGCAUAUUAUAAAACAGGGGGGAGGUGAUUUGUGUGUGAUUGCUGGGACUAACACAGGGAAUGAGAGCAAAAACCAAACACAGCGCUUGGUUCCCCGUCCCUCUCAAAACAAACUUUUGAUACGUCUUUGGAGUAUAAAAUCUUAUUAAAACAUAAUCUUACUUUUAAGUUUCCUUUUGAUGAUUAUAAAUGCCAUUUCAUAAUGAUACCACAUGCUAACUGGCAACCCUUCUUAACCAUCCCUCCUGAGGGACAAAUCACGUACACCUUUGGUAGAAGUCAUUUUUGUUUAUCAUUUUUGUUAAAAUUGUUUAUCAGGAAAUCAGUGGAAGAAUCCAUUUGUAUUGGUGGAAAUCUCGUGCACUUUUUUCAAGAAUGAAUUGCACCCCGGCCAAAACCAUGGAUUGAAAUGGGCUACGUAGCAUCACAUUAGCAGUAGCAUUAUUUUCUUCAAGCAUUUUGUCAAAAUUUAGAUACCACUUCGAAAAGGAAGAUUGAGUCUGGAACUACUAUCUUGAAAAUUCUCUUUCAAUCGCACCUCUUAGGUACAAAAUAUCCACAUUCAGCAUUUAGAUGGAAAACGCCCUGAAAUUGCUAAGCAGGCCUGAACAAUUACAGGCCCACGGCCCUGUGCUUCUUUUCAAUCAAGUGGUGGUAUAACAACCCCUUUGAAAAAAACCAUUGAAAAACGAUGAGUUCUUUACGAUAAAGGGGUCCUUUGUCGGCAAAUUUUUAGAUUUGUCGGCAAAAAAGGUGGUUCCCCAACUUUGUCGGGAAAUGGGAUCGGAACCCCCAUUUCCCUUGAGCAGAAUAGGAAAUAGAUGCCCUGGCCUGGUGAAACGGACUAAAUUGAAAGCGGAUCAAAAGGUAAUAAAUGCAAUGCAAAUACGGAAAACUGACCAAUUUGACAACACUAGCAGCCACAAAUGUUCGAGGUGUUAUGUCAAUGGUACUAAUUAGCAGGAGGUGGCAUCGUACUAGAAACAUUUUAUUGAAAGGUUGGCUUUCAAAUCAAACCGUCGUUUUUAGAAAGUUACAGUGACAUAGAGUUAUGCUAGAUGCUAGACACAAUCUCAAUGGCAAUGACAAUUCCUAAAAACAUGAAGGAGAUACUUAUGAU